AUGGACCAAUCCAAAGGCGUGAAGGAGCCUUCGAAUACCAACAAUGGCACAAGCGACUUUGAGAAAGGGGAGGUCUUGGACAAAACCGCUGAUCUUGGCCUGCAGUUUCUCGAAAAGAAUGGCCCUGUUGAAUUUACACGGAGAGAGGAGACAACCGUGUUGUGGAAGAUUGACCUCUACUUGCUGCCAAUUCUAAUGCUCACUUUCGGCCUCCAAUACCUCGACAAAGUUACGAUAUCGUAUGCAGCCGUUUACAACAUGAAGAAGGACUUGAAUCUCGUCGGCCAGGAAUACAGCUGGGCCAACUCCAUUUUCUACUUUGGAUACCUCGUUGGUGAAUUUCCAGCCAACUACCUUCUUCAAAAGCUGCCCAUCGGCAAAUUCAGUGCUGGAUGCAUUUUUAUAUGGGGUGUUUUGGUCAUGCUCUGUGCAGUUACCAAGAACUUUGCCAGCCUUGCCGCUGUCCGAUUUCUCAUGGGUUUCUUCGAAGCUGGCAUCCCUCCCUGUUGGAUCUAUAUCACAUCCAUGUUUUACAAGAAGAGUGAGCAGGGGCUCCGAUGUUCAGCCUGGUAUUUCAUGGUUGGUAUCGCCGCGAUUGUGGGUGGCUUGCUUGGCUAUGGCGUUGGCCACAUUCACACCGCCGUGAAGCAGUGGCAAUUCGUCUUUCUCAUUUGCGGUGGCUUCACUGUUCUUUGGGCAUUCGUCAUAUACUUCUUUUUACCCGAUUCCCCGUUACAAGCCUACUUUUUGACCGAAAGAGAAAAGUCUAUUGCUGUGGAAAGGCUUCGCGAGAAUAGAACGGGAAUCAAAUCGACCAAGGUCAAAUGGGAUCAGGCACGAGAAGCACUGACUGACCCCCAAGUCUGGCUCUUUGCACUAUGGAGCGGCAUCAGUCAGAUUCUGAACAUUGGAGGUAGCUUUCUACCGCUGAUCAUUCAGGACAUGGGCUUUACCGGUCUGCAGACCACUCUCCUGACACUCCCUGUUGGCGGCGUCGAGUGCGUUGCAAUGGUGGUGGCCGGUGGACUCUCAUCCUACUUUGGCAAGGGCCGCACUAUCAUCAUGUUUGCGGUGGCAUGCCCAACUCUUGUCGGUGCUGUUCUGCUUGAAAGGUUACCUCUGUCUAGCACCUGGGCUAGGGCCACCGGUGUCUGGCUGCUUCUAUGUAUUCCUGCCUCAUACGCCAUAAUGUUGAGUUUGAUUGCAUCCAACAUCGCUGGCACAACCAAAAAGGUCACUACAACUUUGCUAUGCUUCGUAUUCUUCUGCGUUGGGAACAUUGUGUCUCCACAACUAUUUCUCUCAACAGAAGCUCCAACCUACGGGACGGCGAUGCGGUCAAUGUUAGUUGCGAUGGCUUUGACCCAACUCACGACCCUUUUGCUUGGGGUUUAUUAUGUCUACGAAAACAAAAGAAGGGAUACGAUGCUCUCGCAGACCCCACAAGAUGUUAUUAACGCUGCGACAGUCUGCAAUGAAGAAUUUCGUGACCGCACUGAUAAGCAGGACUAUCUACGGUUCCGGUACGAAUGGUAG